UGAUUCUAGUAGUGAUAAUGAAACAAAAAUGACAUAUUUUACAAACUAUUUUGGUGUAUCAACAGUCAUUUAUUCAACAGUACCUAUAGAAUAUCCUGCAACAUCUUCUGAAGUGUUGCAACAGUUUUUAGUAUACAAGGAUGGAAAGACCAUAUGA